GUGGCUAUGGUUAUAUGGACAGCAACCGUGACAGCGACAUUGGAAUCCAAUUCCCAUGGAAACUGGAGCAACGAAAAGGUAAACGCGAAGAACUUUCCUGUAUCAUAAUACGCCGACAGAGAUUUGCAAAUCUUUUUCCCAAGCUGAUUUCAUUUUCCCAGCUCUGAUCGCCGAUUCAGAUGCAUUUGCAUUCUGAUCAGUCGUCCAGACUUCUAAACCAGCUAGCUAGAAGAUUUUCUUUCUUUCUUUCUUUCACGCAAAAGAAUUUUUGCACGCAUGAUUUUUCUACUUUUCAACUGAACGACAUCUUCGUCGAUUUAAGUGCUCUUUUAAUGCCCGAUUAAAUUCGUUCCUCUCCUCUCAUUCGUGAGGAAAAAUUAGAGAGUAUUUUUACUCUCUAAUCGCUGCAAUCAUCUCGUCAUUACAGUAAUGGUGUUCAGUGAUUUUCAUCGAAUUUUUCAUUCGUACUCGUAGGUGAGAAAAGCGGGAUUCUCCCGGCUUGAGAUGAAAAACUUCAGAUUAGAUAACAGAGUUCUAUGCAAUACGCAGGGAGAAAUCUUAAUCGGUAAGCAGGAGAAACCAUGCGUUAAGCAAGGACGUCGUAUUAGCACGUCCGCGAUCGAGGAAUUCAGCAAACCGCUUAUUCCUCAUCCUCUUUUAAUAAUCCUUGUCGCUCUACGCUGA